AUGAUCACCCUCGAUGGUUCUACUCUCGAAGGAGGCGGCCAACUCGUCAGAGUAGCGCUCUCUCUUUCCGCCAUCUGUAAUAUUCCCGUGCGCAUCACCAACAUUCGCGCCGGCCGUGGCCCGGGUUCGUUCUACAAGAAAACGCGCAAGAACGGAGGCGGUCGACAUGGGAAUGCCAGCCAGAGCGGCCCUCGCGACGGAUCGGAAUCGUCAAAGAAAUCUGCUUCCGGCGGCGGAUUGAAGGAAAGUCACCUCGCCGCGCUGACAUGGCUAGCGCGGGAAUGUGGUGCCGCGGUCGAAGGAGCCGAAGUGAACAGCCUCGAAGUCGUCUUCAAACCUCAACGUAGCCCCCGAGAGAGAGUGCCAGUGCCAGUGCCAGCGCCAGGACCGGCGGGCAGAGGCGCGACCAGCGAGCCAGAAGUCAUUGAACUCCGAAACCCGGGCAGCAUCUGGCUCAUCUGGCAGGCUAUCUUCCCCUACAUUGUCUUCGCGGUGCUGGCGCGCAGCGAGGACGCCAGCAGAAAGCCCCCCGAAGAGCCAGCCUUCCGCAUACGACUGAGAGGCGGCACCAACGUCCCCAAGUCGCCGUCGGCCGAGUACAUGCAGCAGGUUUUCUUACCACUGUGCGAACGGAUCGGACUGCCCAAGGUGCACGUCCACGUCGCGAGGAGGGGAUGGACGACCGGCGCACCAGAGAUUGGCGAAGUCGAGGUAUCUGUCUUUGCGCCGAGACCCACAACUCGUCGUGCUGAGGCAUCAUCAUCAAUGGAACCAAAAGACGCGUGCCCAAACAACGGUAGUACACCUCACGGCCGAACAAACGCAGCAGUCUCGUCGGAAGAAGAAGAAGAAGCAGAAGAAGCGCGACGAGCCUUCCGUCUCCCUCCCUUCGACAUCAGCCUUGGACAAGACUUCACCAUCGAGUCCAUUUCCAUCACCACAAUCAGCGGUUCACCUCAGACUCACUCCCUCUUGCACGCUCGACUGCGUGAUUCCUUGCGGUCGAUCCCUGCGUUCUCGGACCUCCGGAUCUCGAUCACGGACCACCCGUCCUGCUCGGCGCACUCGGGCGACGAACGCCGUCUGUACAUCCUGCUCACCGCGCACCUGGCUGGCGGGUACGUCCUCGGGAGAGACUACCUCGGCCCGGGGAAGAAGAUGACCACCGACGCCGAUCGCAGAAGGACGGUCGACGAGGCAGUCAACCAAGUGGUGCGGCACCUUCAAAGAGAGGUCGGGAGGGGAAGGUGCGUCGACGAAUUCGCCGAGGACCAGCUCGUUAUUUUCCAGGCCCUAGCCGAUGGCGCGAGUCUCGUCGAUACCGCGAGGGCGGGUAGAAGUGAGAAUGCCAAGGCCACGGUCGAGACCGGGAGUCUGCACACGAGGACAGUGCGAUGGGUAUGUCAUGAGAUGCUGGGCACGGUAUUCGACGGCGUGGGCGGGUGUCAAGGGGGCGGCGGCGGUCUGCGUCGUGGGAUCCCCAGCGGUGGCGUGGACGAGAUCAGCCAGCAAAUAAGCGAUUUGGUUUUGGGCGUCGACAGGACGUGA